CAAGCACUAGAGAGGCAGGCGGCAGCUAGAGUCAGUGAUCCUAGGCAUCUGGAGGAGUGCAGGCGGACAGAAGGUCGAUAACAGGCUUUGGCCUUCUGAAUGAUGUGGAAAAGCAGAAAGAAAUUGUUCCUGGGGUCCUGAGAACAGAGAAGGGAUCCGGAGUAGGCUCAGGCAGAAGAGAACAUCCAUUUCUUUGUUCUGGCCCCGAUUACCCAAGCCACAAGCAUUAACGGAGAACCAGGUCCCCAUACAGCAGGUCCUGAGCCAGCCCUGCAGCUUGCGACAAGAGCCCCCCAUGAUGUGGGCAGCGGCCCCGACGGCCCUGGCCCUGACCCUCCUGGUGUCGCUGGUCUCGGCGGGGCCCAGAAUCGAAGAGCCAAAGCCUACCGCCCCACCCAUCUUUACCCGGCGCCCCUUCCUGGUGGCGUGGAACGCCCCAACCCAGGACUGCGCGCCAAGGUUCAAGGUAGAGCUCGACUUAUCCGUCUUUGAUAUUCGAGCGUCACCUAACGAAGGCUUCGUGAAGCAGAAUCUCACCAUUUUCUAUCGAAAUCGCCUGGGCUACUACCCUUACUAUGACUCGCACCUGCGACCGGUCCAUGGGGGCGUGCCUCAGAAUAGUAGCCUGAUCGACCACCUGGAGCACUUGCCCGAAGGGGUUCGGCACUAUAUCCGGUCACCCGACCGAGAGGGUCUGGCCGUCAUUGACUGGGAGGACUGGCGCCCAGUCUGGAUCAGGAACUGGCAGAGCAAGGAUGUGUACCGCCAGGUCUCCCGCCAACUCGUCAGUUCCCGACACCCCACCUGGACCCCGGAGCAGGUGGCCAAGCAAGCUCAGUACGAGUUUGAGUUCGCUGCCCGGCAGUUCAUGCUGGAGACGCUGCGAUGGGCGAAGGAAACGCGCCCCCGCCAGCUCUGGGGCUUCUACCUCUUCCCUGACUGUUACAACCACGACUACGUGCAGAAUUGGUCCAGCUACACAGGCCGCUGCCCAGAUGUUGAGGUCUCCAGAAAUGACCAGCUGGCCUGGCUCUGGGCAGAGAGCACUGCCCUCUACCCUUCCAUUUACCUGGACCCCAUGCUAAAGUCCUCCUCCAAUGGUCGCAAGUUUGUGCGCUAUCGCGUGGGGGAAGCCCUGAGGGUGGCCCGGGAGCACCACGCCGACUACUCCCUCCCAGUCUUCGUCUAUAUGCGCCCCACCUACACCCAGAACUUCACGGUGCUCAGCGAGAUGGACCUCGUCUCCACUAUUGGGGAGAGUGCAGCUCUGGGGGCAGCCGGAGUCAUCAUCUGGGGAGAUGCAGAUUAUACCAAGGGCCCGGAAACCUGCCAGAAAAUCAAGGAGUACCUGGAAAGCCGCCUGGCCCCUUACGUGGUGAACGUCUCGGAGGCUGCUUUCCGCUGCAGUGAGGACCUGUGCCACGGGCACGGGCGCUGCCAACGACGGGUGUCCAACUCCAAUGCCUUCCUGCACCUGAACCCCCGGAGCUUUCGCCUUCGUCCCGCUCAGAGUCCCAAGGAGCCCCUCUUCCGGGCUGAGGGCGAGUUCAGCCAGGCUGACCUGGCCCAGCUCCAGGACAACUUCCAUUGCCAGUGCUACCAGGGCUGGCAUGGGGAGAGCUGCCAGCACAGCCGCAAAGCCCCAAACAGAGGCUCUGCCAGGGGCCCAUCGGGCCUGGUAGCCCUGCUGGCCCUGGGCCACUUAGUCCUCCUCCGACUGCCGUAGAUAGAUAUGGCCGGGGCUUCCACGAAGGAGCCAGUGAUUUUAGAUUGGUGUAGGGUCCCUGCCCAGGAGCCUGUAGCUGAUGUAGUUGGGUUUAGGGGAGAGGAAUGGCCCCCAUUUGGCAACACUCAUCCCCAGCCGUGUUUUACAUAUCCCUCACAGGGGUAGGGCCAGGAGCAGAGUGGGGUGUAGAGGGGGAGUAGCCUUCAACCCUUUGCCUAUGUUUCCCCCUGUUUUAAGGGGGGGAUGUUGAGAAGAGAGUUUGUAUGAAUUGCUGCUGGGUGUCUUCCCGUCCUAGGGGAGGGGCUGUUAGUGGAGAAUAGGGAUGGGGGGCACGGCAGGGCCGUAGAGAGCCCCCUGCCCCUCUCCUCUCUAUAUUUUGUUAUUAUUAUUAUUAUUAUUAUUGGGAUAUUUUGUAAAUUAAACAGAAAAACAAACAA